AAAAUAUAUGGCUAUUCAGAGUGAUUUUGUGUAUGAUGUGGGGGCUGAUGAGGAGAUUAACAAUGUGAAGUUGGUGAAAGAGCUGGAGAAGUUUCAGGAGCCCAAGAAGAUCAGCUGAGAGCUUGAUCUUGAGGAACAGGCUAUGAAAUAUAUUUUUGCGAUGAAGUUUUUCAAAGCUAAAUUCGCUGACAGAGACAUGAAUGCUACCAAAAACCUACUCAGAAUUGGGAGAAGAAGCUUAAAAUCGCCAAUGAAAUUAGAUCCAAAAAUUAUCUUAAGUCACCCAAAACGGCACCAAAUUACUGAAACUAACGGCAUCAAAGAAUUUAGGACUAUGGAAAAUAAAAGCGAUGAGAGUGAUAUUCUUGAAAAUAGUGUUUCAACCGAGUCUGAAAAGACUAAAGUCAUCAAGAAGAAACAAUUCAACUUAACCUAUACACUCGAGCAAAAGAAGAAGACUCAGCGAUGCCCUAAGACCACCAUAAAAGAGCAUCAAAAGAAGCUCAUAAAGCGAGCAAGUAGCAAAUGAAUCCGUAAUACUCAAUUUCAGCCAAAAUACAAACUAGCUUCUGAGAUCGGAAAAUUGAAGAUGAUCCAAAGGAGGAACUUGAACAUCAUUCAUGAGAAGUUCAAUCAGAUAUACUCGAAGGAUAUCUUUCUCCAGUCGAGCAGGAAGGCAAGGCCGUCCUGCUCGACAAAGAGAGAGACUAUCAAGAAGUAUCUAGGCUUGAAGCCUGUCCGGACGUUGUUUCAGCCUAAUUCUAGAUUCAGAAAUACAAGAAGGAGUUGUAAUAUGGAGUCUCCCUCCAUAAUUUCACUCAUUGAGCAUACUAAGAAGGUCAAAGGAGCACAAUACCUUCAGAAAGUUAACACCUUAAAGCAUGGGAGAGUGGUUGGGUCAAAAUCAAACCUCAAGCCAAGGGAUAUCACACAGAGAUUUUUUGAGUAAACUGGUCGAAAUUUCAA